GAUACUCUGGACUCGUAGAGUCACCUCGGGAGAGCGCGAUCUCUCCCCCAGCCCGCGCAGCUCAACCCACCCACUUACUUCCUUCGACUACACACACACACACACACACACACACACACACACACACACACACACACUCUCAGAGCUGCCAAAAUUUUCCAACCUCCGCCCCCCUCCCGAGCUGACUUCCUUCCAGCGCUUCCUGAGCUGGACGAUCCUGGGAUUUGUAAGACAGGAAAAAAGGGACGGCGCGAGGGCGGGCGAGGGGACGGGAUGCUGGCUGUUCGCGGUACUCCAGCGCUCUGAAGGCAGAGCGCGGGCCUAGGGCGGAGCACACUCAGCCCCGGGGCGGUCCCCUAACCGCCGCGCCCCGGCUCCUCGCAAGGCUCAGCGGAGAAGCGCGGGGAGACGCCGCGGGAGCCCGAGUAGGGAGGUGACACCCGCCCGGGGCGGUGCACGGCCCGAUCUGCGCGCCCAUGCCGACCCGCGGCGCCGCUCUGCCCCGGUGACCCGACCCCGAAACCCUCAUCAGCGGUGCAGAGCAGAGAGCGCAGACGGAGGGGCAGCCUCUGUGGGACUAACUCAUGAAGAACAAGGGUGCCAAGCAGAAGCUGAAACGAAAGGGAGCUGCCAGUGCGUUUGGAUGUGACCUGACGGAGUAUCUGGAAAGCUCGGGACAGGAUGUUCCAUAUGUGCUGAAGAGCUGUGCUGAAUUCAUAGAGACUCAUGGCAUUGUGGAUGGAAUCUAUCGCCUCUCGGGUGUCACCUCAAACAUCCAGCGGCUCAGGCAGGAGUUUGGCUCAGAUCAAUGCCCAGAUCUGACAAGGGAAGUAUACCUUCAAGACAUCCACUGCGUGGGCUCCCUGUGCAAGCUCUACUUCAGGGAGCUGCCCAACCCCCUCCUGACCUACGAGCUCUAUGAGAAAUUCACGGAAGCAGUGUCUCAUUGCCCGGAAGAAGGCCAGCUGGCCCGAAUCCAGAAUGUCAUCCAGGAGCUCCCCCCACCCCAUUAUAGGACCUUGGAAUACCUGAUCCGACACCUGGCCCACAUCGCCUCAUUCAGCAGCAAGACCAACAUGCAUGCCAGGAACCUAGCCCUAGUGUGGGCCCCAAACCUCCUCAGGAGUAAAAAAAUCGAAGCCACUAUUUGCAAUGGAGAUGCGGCGUUUUUGGCAGUCCGGGUCCAGCAGGUGGUGAUCGAGUUCAUACUGAAUCACGCUGAUCAAAUCUUCAACGGUGGAGCUCCAGGGGCUCUGCAACAGGAUGAAAGCCGCACUAUCACAAAGAGCAUGACCCUGCCGGCCCUGUCCCUGCCCAUGAAGUUGGUAAGCCUGGAGGAGGCUCAGGCCCGAAGCUUGGCCACAAACCAUCCUGCUCGGAAGGAGAGACGGGAGAACAGCCUGCCCGAGAUCGUCCCUCCCAUGGGCACCCACUUCCACACAGUCCUUGAGUUACCGGACAACAAGAGAAAGCUUUCGAGCAAAUCAAAGAAGUGGAAAUCAAUAUUUAACCUGGGGCGUUCUGGAUCGGAUUCAAAAUCGAAGCUGAGCAGAAAUGGGAGUGUAUUCGUGAGAGGCCAGAGGCUGUCGGUGGAAAAGGCUACUAUCCGACCAGCUAAAAGCAUGGACUCCCUGUGUUCAGUGCCUGUGGAAGCAGGGAAAGAAAACAAAGGAAAUUUCAGUCGAACAGUCACCACUGGGGGAUUUUUCAUUCCAGCCACAAAAAUGCACGUGAGCAGCACGGGCAGUUCCUGUGACCUCAGCAAGGAGGGUGAAUGGGGUCAGGAGGGGAUGCCGGCUGGGGCUGAGGGGGGCUGCGAGGUGGGUGGUCAGAUCCGGCCCCUGCCCGAGCAGCUGAAGGUGUUCCGUCCCAUCGGAGACCCUGAGAGCGAGCAGUCCGCCCCGAAGCUUCUGGGGAUGUUCUACACCUCCAGCGACAGUCCGGGCAAAUCCGUCUUCACAAGCAGCCUGUUCCAGAUGGAGCCCUCACCCCGCCACCAGCGAAAGGCGCUCAACAUCUCCGAGCCCUUCGCUGUGUCUGUGCCACUCCGUGUGUCUGCCGUCAUCAGCACCAACAGCACCCCUUGCAGGACGCCCCCCAAAGAGCUACAGUCUCUCUCCAGCCUCGAAGAGUUUUCCUUCCAAGGUUCAGAGAGUGGAGGAUGGCCAGAAGAAGAGAAGCCCCUAGGAGCUGAGCCUUUUCCAGGUUCUGUUACUAAGAAGGCAGCUACUGAGGACACCAAGCCAGAACCUGAAGUCCCGGGGAGAGGAGAAUGUAGCCAAAGCCCUCCCCUGGACCCAGGUACCCAAGAGGAGAAGAAAACCUUGGAUACAUCCCUGACCUCUCAACUGUCAAAGGAAGCAGAGAAGCAGCCAAAUGGAGAGAAGGUGAUGGAGGAGAGCCAGGGUGCUAGCCAGCUGAAGGCCAGUACUCCACAAGAGAGCCUCAGGACUGGAACUGAACCAAUGUUUUUCCAUGAGAUGGAUGAAGAUGACCUGGCUCAGGCCUUGAUCUGGCCUGAGAUUCAACAGGAACUGAAAAUCAUCGAAUCAGAGGAGGAGUUCUCAUCAUUGCCACCGCCUACUCAGAAGACAAGCCCAGUUACUGAGUCAAGUCCAACCCCAUUUCCCUUCCCAGAGGCCCCCGGGAGCUUGCCUAGUAGCUCUGCUCCUCUGGAAGUGUGGACUAGGGACUCAGCCAAUCAGAGCGUACAGGAGGCUGCCAGCCUCACCAAUAGAGAGAAGCGGGAGCCAGUCUGCAGCCUCCUUGACUCAGAGUCUGAGCCGGAGCUCAGCCCAGACCCGGCCAGUGUCGCACCUCUGGAAAUACUUUUGUUAGAAAAGGUGUCUUCUUCAGCUAGAAUACAGAUAGGAGGCCCAAGAAAUCUCUCUCCCCCACUCCCUCCUUCGCCACCUCCUCCAACUCCUCGGGAGGAGGAGCCUCAAGUCUUGCUGUCAAAGGAAUGUCCUGACAGAGAAGAUGAAUCUAGGGAUUCCAGGACAGUUCUCUACACAGAGCAGCCAAACCCCAAAGACAGCCCUGGCAUCCCUCACCUCUGUCAGAGAGAGGAAGCUAUUACAAGCCCAAAUGAGCUGCAAAAUGCAAAGGAUGCUGUUCCCGAGAACAAAGGCCCUGAUCCUCCAAGCCCAAUGAAGGAGAUUGAAGUCAUCCCACAAGAAGAGGGAGAUGCUCUCCAUUCAGCACAAGAGCCUUCAGACUGUGACGAAGAUGACACUGUGACGGACACUGCCCAGCAUGGCCUGGAGAUGGUAGAACCCUGGGAGGAGCCCCAGUGGGUGACCAGUCCCCUUCAUUCUCCCACUCUGAAAGAAGUUCAGGAGUCCCAGAUGCAAGGCUCCCAGGGCCACCGAUUAGAGAGGAGACUUCGCCACAGGCCUAGCCUUCGCCAGAGCCAUUCUCUAGAUAGCAAAACCACUGGAACGAGCCACUGGACUCUUGAGGCUCCCUUCUCCAGCAGCUGUGCCAAUCUUGAAACAGAGAGGAACUAUGAGCCUCUGCAGCCCCCGGCAGCCAGGAUCAAGAUUGCCGGAUUGGAAGAGAAAGCCCUAAAAGCCUUCAGAGAGUUCUCUGGCCUGAAAGGGUUAGAGGUUCUUCCCAGCCAGAAGGCACCAUCUGGUAUACAACCCAAAACAGUAGAAACCAACUUUAUCAGUUUAGCAGAGGAAAAGGAACAGGGACCACAACUGGAAUUUAGCAACCCUCAGAUUAAACACAGUGAUGUACCCGGGCCAGAGAGCAGCAAGGAGAAUUCCCCUAGGGCUCAAGAAAGCACCUCACCUGGGGAACAUCCCCUAAAGUUACAGCCGAAGAACACUGAGUGUGGGCCUUCAAAAGGGAAACACAGGCCUUCUUCCCUCAACCUGGACUCUGCCACUCCCAUCACUGACCUUUUUCGACUUGAGAAUGGGGCUUCCUUUAGUUCACCAGGAAUAGAGCUCUCUGAACUAGGAGACACCAAGGUCACCUGGAUGAGCUCCUCUCACUGUAAAGCAACCCCCUGGAACUCCCAGGACACUCAGGACCUGGAUAUCGUUGCCCAUGCCCUGACAGGCCGCCGGAAUUCUGCUCCCGUGAGCGUGUCAGCUGUGAGAACCUCCUUUAUGGUCAAAAUGUGUCAGGCCAAGGCAGUCCCUGUCAUCCCACCCAAGAUUCAAUAUACACAGAUCCCACAGCCCCUUCCCACUCAGAACACAGGGGAAGGAGGGGCUCAGCCUCUGGAGAGGAGCCAGGAAGAACCUGGUUCAACCCCUGAGAUCCCUCAGAAACCCACCAAAGAUGAUUCUCCCUCCUCCCUGGGAAGCCCAGAGGAAGAGCAACCCAAGCAAGAGACAGGAGCCUCUGCAUCCCGGAGAAUGGCCAGCACUGCAUCCUGCAUGUAUGAGGGGUCCUUCUGCUCUCUGGAACCAGGUGUAUCUACUUUGGUCUCCACACAGGAUGCAACGGUGCAAUGCAGAAAACGCACAUCAGAGACAGAGCCAUCGGGAGACAACCUUCUUUCUUCAAAACUGGAGAGAGCAUCUGGGGGUCCUAAACCUUUCCACAGGUCAAGGCCAGGAAGACCUCAGAGCCUAAUCUUAUUCCCCAUCAUGGACCACCUACCUUCCUCACCCACAGUGAUAGAUUCCAAGGUCCUACUGUCCCCCAUCAGAAGCCCUACUCAGACAGUUUCCCCUGGCCUUCUCUGUGGAGAGUUGGCUGAAAACACAUGGGUCACACCAGAAGGGGUUACGCUUAGGAAUAAAAUGACCAUCCCUAAGAAUGGCCAAAGACUAGAGACUUCAACAAGCUGUUUUUACCAGCCCCAGCGGAGAUCCGUGAUUCUGGAUGGAAGAAGUGGGAGACAGAUAGAAUGAAACCAGUUGACCUGCUGCUAUUCUCUGUAAAUGUGUUGGGCUCAUCUGGUCCUUACAGGACCAACUGGCCAUUCUCCAGGCACAAGCUAUUGAAAUUAGGGCUUAUAUUUGCCUCUGACCACCUCCUCUCUCUCCCUCUCUCCCCACUUCUCCUUUGUCUUUGACCAUGCAUGAGUCCAUUUGCUGGAAGAGUGAUUAAGACAAGGACCAAAGAGUGAGGUUUAAGGAAGUCCACACAAGCAAGUGGGGGAGGGUUAGGCAAGGGAAGAGAUUAGGAUGCUCACCUCUGGUGGGAAUCAGGGCUCCUCUGUGAGUCAGAUUAUUCCUCCACUACCAUUAUCCCUUACUGUUGAGAGCUGCCUGUGAUAGUAUCCCUUGAAAGAAAUUUUUUUUUUUGCCUGAGUCAGAAAAAAAUCUUCCUCUUCUGAUUGAAGGCUUCUUUGUGCUUUUUUUUUUUUUUUUUUUUUUUUUUUUUUUCUCUUUAAAGCAUGGGUUCUUCUGGAGCAGUUUUUAAUAAGCUUUGUAAAAGUGUAUUUACUCCCCCGCAAAUAGAAGCAGAUCUGAAAAUGCAAACUAACAUGCACUUAAGAUCUCCAGGUGGGGGAACUUUCUUGUACUCAUUCCCUGGGACUGCUGCAGACCUGUCCAGGGUGAUCCAUGAAUCAACAUAGAAAGUCAGAAUCUGUACUCAAGAGCAAAGGCCCAGACUGGUCCCACCUACAAAUGCUUCUUGGUGUUGGCUUUAUUGUGACUCCGCCUACCACAGUGCUGAACUCUGAUUAACAAGUAGCUAGACAGACUGAGUACUGAGCUGAGACAUACAAGGUAUACAGGGAUGGUGCGUCUGCUUUCUUUAUAGUACCAGAAUCCAAGUGCCACAUGUCAUAGAGGGAGGCACAACUUCAUUACAGACCUGAUAUGUUUAAGUUGGUGAGGCAUUAGGAGAAGGAAAGCCCUAGCUCUCCAGCACUAACCUGGGCCUAGCAGGAUGGGGAAAGAACCCCAUCUGUCACUGUCUUCAGAAAUGCACCGCCUUUAGCCAGUGGCUCCCUCCCUUUCUCCUCCCCUCAUCGUUGCUCAAGGGCAGAUUUGUCUUCAUUCCCCAUAUGCACCAUCCACUCAGGUGCUCAGACUCGCUCUGACUCUUGUCUGGAUACAAGCAGAUGCAAUAAACCAAUCUGAUGUCCUUUACACCUGCUGGAAGGCUUCUGGUGCUUCUCCCACAAAGGCUUAAUGGGGCACUUCUCAGAGUUCAGCCAGGCUCAGUCAUUGCACAAGUUUCUCUAAAGACUAGCAGUAUCUCUGGGCUGACCCCACAAAGCCAGGACUGGACUGGGUAAGGGGCUAAGCUGAAGUCGUCUCCAGUGGGAAUGUAGAUGCUGACGUUCUAUUGCAGACCUCAUGUUCCCUCUGCCGUCGCUGAUAAACCUUAAGGAUUUGAAAUCUUGCCCUUGUUUUUUGGGUUUUUUUUUUUUUUUUUUUUUUAAAUACCUGGGGCAAGGA